UUCAGGACUACCUUCAAUGCGAGACAGUCUGACAAACCCAGUGCACGUAUACGAAGGCGAUGACGCUCUUAUCACUUGCGUGGUACGAGACAUCGGUACCAACACGGUCAUGUGGAAGAAAGAAGACAGGGAGAGGCAUAGUACCAGGGUACUGACAGCAGGGGAGAACAGGGUGACAGCUGACAGGCGGUACGGGGUACUGCAUGACUCUGAGAUAACAGAAUCGGACGAGUCAGCAGAGCUACCAUCUGGAGGCGAUGUGUGGGUCCUGGUAAUAAAAAAUGCCAAACCCACAGAUUCAGGAGUUUACGUGUGUGAAGUUAACAGUAGUCCGACUGUGAGGAGUUUUCAUAAACUUAGCGUGAUAUCAAAAAGCAUGUCCCCUCCAAACACCACAUAUGCUGCAUCAGAGUCCGCAGAAGAUAGACAACUUAGUAGUAGAAACCAUAAUUAUACGGACUGCUGCAUAUCAAAAAACGUAUCCUCGUCUUGCCUUGGGUUUUGCAAUAUACAUAGCAUUUUAGAGGGCACAACAGGUCAAGACCCAGAACAAUGCGAACUGGACUUCCCGAAAAUUGUACACUGCAUGGCCGAUGGUAGGAAUCACGUACCGUGCUGCAUCCAGGAGCGGGUACCUGACAUUUGCCAGGACGUUUGUAGGGGAGAAUACACAGCUAUAACUGAUAAUAUCAAAACUCACUUCUCCUGUUCUACCUAUACAGAGCAGACCCUGGCUUGCAUUGUGGAAGGAAUUGAGCUGCUGCCCAGCCCACCGGAAUACGUAGAAGUAGAUGCUCUAACAGAAAGUAUCUUACGAGUCGAAUGGUCACCACCAACCUCAAAUGCAGACACCGUUACCGAAUACCUGGUGAACGUGACCUCACUCCAAAGUUUCGAUGAUCGACUUUUGGAAUUAGACGAGAAUCCAGUUAUGACAAACGGAAGUACAUCUACCAGGCAUGUGGUUACUGUAAAAGUUCCUGCCGUGCAGAAUUACACUGUGUUGAAGGAUUUGGCGCCGUUCACUAUGUACGAAGUCAGUGUUACCGCUUCGAAUAAGCAUGGCAGCAGUCUCCCGAGCUAUACCAUACGCUCUCUAACGCUGGCACCUGGAACGUCCAAACCAACGUCGGGAGUACCUUCUGCACCACCAAAUCUACCGGACGUACGACAGUGUUGCCAAAGGCGAGGAGUUUCCCAUAAGACAUGUCUGAGUAAGCUUUGUGAUCCCAAAGAUGCAGCUGCAGCCGAGAUCACCGACCUCAUGAUCUGCGCACCAUGGGCAACCGACACUUUUGGUUGUUUGGCAAACGACGUUGACCACACGCCAUGCUGUAAACAACGAGGACUUCCAGAACUAUGCCUGCAACUGUGUACCGGCAACGUGUCCAGUAUUGACUUCAACUACUUCAAGUGCCUGCGUUACAUGGGCGAAUACACGAACUGCCUAAUGCAAGGAUACGGGGUCCUACCAACUGAACCCACUCGCUUGAGAGUCACCAACAUUGACACUGAAUUUGCUGUUUUACGAUGGGAACCACCUAAGAGACUUGCAGACACAGUGCUUUACUACAACGUUCAACUGCGACCUGUUGGUGCAGAAGGAGAAGAAGAAGAAGACUACAAAGUUAGACAGAAGGUCAAGAACCCAUAUGUAUUGGCUGGUCUAGAAAGCGAAACUGAUUAUGAAGUUUACGUUGAAGCUGUAAAUGCUCAUGGAGUAGGUCUACCCAGCAGCAGAAUUACUUUUAGAACAGCAAGCAAGUUGAUCGAAGAAAAGAUUGAAGAAGCCGACACUGCAGUCUACAACGUUACAGGGUGUUGUGUAGAGGCACAACUGAAGAGUGUGUGUCUGCCUCUAUGCUCUUACAAUGCCAAAAUGUCCGACAUCAAGCUACUCGCUGGAGUUUGCGGGGCCGAGUUCCAUAAAAUAUUAAGGUGUGGUGCAGGAGGCAGAAACCACCUGUCAUGCUGCAAUCGCCGUGGAGUCCCUUCAGGAUGUCUCUCCCUUUGCAACGGCGUCAUCGUCGACUCCCUGAUCGCCACUGCUACAACUUGUGUCUCUUACAUCGGAAACAUCGCUCAGUGCUUCGAGGAAGGCACCGGAUUCCUUCCAGGACCCGUAUCGGGAUUACACGCAGUCGUGGUGGACGAACAUAGCAUUUUGUUGGAGUGGAACCCACCGGAGAACUCGACUAGCGUCAGGGAUUAUGUGGUGCACUAUCAGAAAGUGGAUAAUACGUCCAUGCAUGAAACGCUGCUGAGGUUAGAUAACCAACUUAAUAGCACCAGUACAACAAUGACAAUCACGGGGCUGCAAGAGAAUCAACUCUACCACAUAUUCGUGGUGGCGCGCAAUGAAAACGGCACUUCUCUACCUUCGUCAAUACUUGAAAUAAAUCUAGUCAACUCAGAUAAGAGCAAAUGGGUAAAUGGGGUAACGUCACCUCCACACUCGUUAGCUGUUGCAAGUCAUAGUGCUACAUGGGUCACUAUUACCUGGCAGCCUCCUGAAUUCAGUCACCCAUCUGAGAUUAUCACUUAUAGGUUAUACCACAAGUCAACGACGGAAGACAAAUUCAACGUAAAGAACCUAACGCUGACAUCCUACAUGAUCAGUGGUCUAAGUCCGAACACUCAAUACAUCGUCUACGUUGUGGCUGUGACAUCCAAGGGUGAUAGCAUGCCGUCAGAAACAUUGAUUGCUUGGACUGAUCCUGCUUAUCCUGCUUUUGUGGAGCCCCCCACCGUACAUCCUAUCAACCUGGUAAUAGAAGGCAGUAGCAUGACAAUCCUCUGUAUAGCAAUGGGAACACCGAUGCCGACAAUAUCCUUGUAUAUCUCCGGACGACUGGUGAGACAGGAGACUACGAGGCAUAUGGUUACAGUGAUAAACAACGUUACCAAAGACAUGGACCAAAUAUCCUGCUAUGCCGACAAUGGCUAUGGAACACCAAUGCAAGCAUCAAGAAAAAUCACUAUCAGCCAUGGACCACAUAUCCAAGCCAACGGCAUAACUAUGGCGACACUGGGAGACUCCGUGACCUUGGAAUGCAAAGUGGAAGCACAGCCAGAGCCAAAGAUGAUUUUCUGGAGGAACCACGAGGAUCGAACGCCGGUGAUACAGGGUGGAAAAUACGAUAUUAGCACGCAUCAAAUCAGAGACGAGGAGGACAAGUACAUCAUGAGGUUGACCAUCAACAAGAUCAACGAUAUGGAUGUUGGAGAUUAUUAUUGUCAUGCUGAGAAUGCGUUUGGUAGUGCCACGCAACCUGUUUCUGUUAGAAUAAGGAACCCAGCCUCUGUGAGCGACGUGAAAGCCUGUUGCGCCGAGCAGAACGUCACCGAACCCUGCAUGGACGCCUGCUCGUUCCACCUGGACAUGGACGCGGUGAUCGACAAACCCGAAUGCGUCCCUGACUUUGACAAGUUGAUGCGUUGUGCUGCAGACGGCAGCGACCAUCGCAGCUGUUGCGCCCACCACAACGUGCCCAGAAGGUGUUUGGACUGGUGUCGGGGAGAGCCGGUGCUUAACAGCAAGAUAUGCGUGCUUAGUUAUACGAAGCAGAUUAUGACUUGUUUCCACGAGGGCAGUUCAUCGUUGCCUGGGCCACCUCAGAACGUCAAAAUCGAAUACAUCGACUCGCACUCUGUCUACGUGAUCUGGGACCCACCAAUCAAGAACCCACAUACUGUUGAACUGUACAGGGUAUUCUGGAGACUGGUGGACAAUUCUAAUGAUAAACUCAGGCAAAAGGGUGAUACAGCUGACACAAGAUUAAGGAUUUCUGAACUCAAAGAAGGUGCAACGUACGAAGCUUUCGUAAAGGCAGGUAACAGCAAAGGAACGUCAAAAGAGACGCCGGCCCUGCGCUUCACCAUGGGCGGCAACGGAGUUCGAGGGGCGGUGGUUUCGUCAGCAGCGGCUCGUGAUGAAGGAGGUGCAGCGGCUGGAGGCGUAGCAGCAGCAGUGCUGGCGGCUAUAGGGGUAGUUGCAGCUGUGGCAGCUGCAGGAGUGUGGUUCGCCAAAACAAGAAGGCUUAUAGGUGGAAAAGGGCUUGGCAACGGAGUCGCCUUCGAAAACCCAAGUUACCUGCGUGAAGUCAACAUGGACCACGUCAAUCAAAAUGGAGGUAGCACCACGGGGCUAGUAGAGAGUUCUACAACAGCAAACGGUUCAGCACAAAAUGGAGUUGCAGUAUCAACGACGUCUGGCGGUCACGGCUGGAAGAAUGAACAACUGCAGGUACCCGCGCAACAAGAAGUGAAUCCGACCCUGUACGAAGAGCUGAAGUUAGGUCAAGACGGCGCAGGAUUCAAGCGUCUGAAGCCCUAGUACGCGGCCCCUCCCAGAAACAGGGGCGAAUCACGCUUCUAACGACCAAUAACGGUCGACAACAUUUCUUAUUGUGAUAGCAGCUUAGGUUUAGGUAGCUGAAUAAUAUAGAUUUCUUAUUUGUGUCUGGAACACGGAACGCAGAAUGUCAAGCAACUAAAAUAAAUAUUUUGAGUAACCCACUAGACUCAUCCUACUCAGUAGACAGCAAAAGUUCCAUUUUUACAAAAUGACUUGUCACUCUGUCGAUCAAUCAGUUGACAGAGUAAGGAAAGCGUCAAAAACAAAAUGUGCAGCUCCAACUGGACCUCACCGUCUUGAAAUAAAUGUUUCUAAAGGGCGAACCAAGAUGUAAUAACAAAGAAAAAUGAUUGCACCUCAAACUUGGCAGCUAUAGAAUAGUUUGUUGAUGAAAAUACGUAAUUAGGUUGGAUUACCCUAAAGUUGCUUAAUAUUCUGGUAUAUAUAAGACGAGUGAAAGCGGAAGAGUUGAGAGAGAAAAAGUAAAGUGUAGAAGUGACAUAAGGAGUUGACAACUAUUUUACCAGUCCCUUAUUCCGGUUACUUGAAACUUCGGGUUUUUCUUUAGACGACGUGUAGAUCUUCAGAAACUAAGCGUAUUUUCUUAGUAGCACAUACACCAAUGCCUUAAGAAAACCGAGAUAUUGAGCUCCGCAAACUCGAACAAACCUGAAUCAAACCGAAGCCAGUCCUGUCCUAUCCUUCGAUCACGCCCACAGCGCCAGCGCCAGUGUACAGUUAUAUGACGUACGACUACGAUGUAAAUACGACAGAGCCGUACUUUUAUUAAUUAAAAUUCAACUGAACAGUGAGUACUUUUCCGUUUUCUUUAACUUGUUCGCUCACGUUUCACCACACAUUAGCUUUGUUCUAUCAAGCACAGUCGUGUCUGAAAAGGAAAACCCCAAGUUUGCGGACACCCUCUAAAUUGAACCGAAAUUCAAUACUUCUGGAGUUUUCUCUUGGGACUCUAAGAUACUCUUUUGAAAAAUAUUAUGUUUGUCCAUCUUUACAUUUUCAUAAUGAUAAUAUUUGAAAUUCAACUCCUUAAGUCUUCUAUGUUAUUAACAAUAAAUGGUAUUGUAGAUUGUGUGCUCUUCUUUCGCGCAAUACCUCAGUAGAUUUUAUGACAAAUAAACUGUACUCUUCAAAUGCAUGGGAAUCAUUUCACUUGUAAGGAAAGUUAGAAUUAUCAACUCAAGCAGGCAAAAUUCUGUUGCGAACAUAGAGAGUGUCCUUAUUUUAUCGUCAUGGGCCCUGACAAAAUGAUGUCUGGUAAGGAUGAAGGAAAGGUUGGGAAACCUUGAAACUGGAGAUACUACAAACCGAAAUAUGUGAAUUGAUCCAGACAUACCUUAGUCCAAAAGUUAAUACUUUGCCAGAUACAGGGUGUCAAAGUUACAAUUUUAUUUUGUAUUUUUGCUCAUUACUUAAGACAAAGAAGUUAUGAUGAGUUAUUUACCGAAAUAGUGCUGUAACUAGCGCCAUCUAGAAGUUUUGUCAUAAAAAAUAACGGAUUGUUGUUUUUCAUACUAGCAAACCUCCCUAUACCGAGUUUUAUGCCAAAAUCUGAAAUACUUCUCGAGCAAUAAGGAAAAAUAGAAAAUAAAAUUGUAACUUCGACACCCUGUAUCUCGCAAACUAUCAACUUCUGGAUUGAGGUAUGUUUAGGUCAAUUCACAUAUUUUGGUCUGUAGAAACUCCAGUUUCGAGAUUUUCCAACCUUUCGAAGAGGAAUUUCGGAUAAUAAUUCCUAACUUUCGUACGAGUUAGUCUUCAUGCGAAAUCUGUAAUAAAGGUAGGAAAAUCACAAAAAUAUGGGGAAACGGUGUGUGUUCUGUAUAAACGAUUUGAUAAUACUAUGAGAAGUCAUAUUGUGUCGGAAAAUUUCCGAUACAGGACUGAGAUAGUCACAUUUUUACUUUUGCUGAAAACGCGUUGUCCUUUUUCGGUCUUUCUGCAUCCUUAUCACUUUCUAAAGUGCUAUGAAAAUUCUCACACUAUUAAGUAAGUGAUUGUAGAGAAAUGUGUAUACGUCAACCAACUAACCAGAAAAUUUAUUUAUUAAAGAGUUGUUGCAUAACUAUAAACUUACGAACACAAAAUAAAUACAGAUGAUUUCUAACUACUAUCAGAUUCUUCGGAUGAGCGCAUCCACAACAGCGAGUACGUUUAGAAAACAGCAACAUCAGAAAAAGGAAAAAUAGGCCUCGACGGGAUUCGAGCCCGCAUCAACUCCAUUCCAUGAAGGCGACCUUAAAUGUUAGAGGCAAAUUCAAUCCUACCCAUGCCAAUGUUCUUUUGUUCUUUCAAGCUGCUUAAUGCCCCAUCUGGCGAAACAAACCGGUUGGUAAGGGAUCUCCAGUCGCUUUCUACUAGCACCACGCCACCUCAUUGGCACUUACCACGGUACCACCGUGCGAUGAUAGUAACCUAAAAACCGUAUACAGGUUACUAUCCUCGCACUGUGGUACCGUGGUAAGUGCACAAGAGACGGCGUGGUGUAACUACAAAGCCAUAAAAGAUACCUUACUAAUCCGGUUUGUGCCACUUGAUCGCCGCCAGAUGGGGCAGCAAGCAGCUAGAAAGAACAAAAGGACAGUGGCGUGGAUAGGAUUGAAUUUACCUCUAACAGUCGAGCAUGAAACUUUUGUUCUUUCAAGCCGCUUAAUGCUCCAUCUGACGGGGUACAUGUGAAACAAGCCGGAUAGGUAAGGAAUCUCCAGUCACUUUCUAGUUGCACCACGCCACCUCACGGGCACUUACCACGGUACCACCGUGCGAUGAUAGUAAAUUAAAAACUGUAUACAGGUUACUGUACUGGCACAGUGGUACCGUGGUGUGUGUCCACGAGACAGCGUGGUACAACUACACAGCGAUUGAAGAUACCUUACUAAUCCGGUUGUUCUACUUGAUUGCCGCCAGAUGGGGCAGCAAGCAGCUAGAAAGAUCAAAUCGAUAGUGGCGUGGGUAGGAUUCAAUUUACUUCUAACAGUCAAUCAUGAAUUUGUUCUUUCAAACUGCUCAAUGCUCCACCUGGCAUUCAAGUGAAAGAAACCGAAUUGGUAAGGUACCUCCAGCCGUUUUCUACCUACACCACGCCGCCUCGUGGGCACACACCACAGUACCACCAUGCGAUGGUAGAAGUCUAAAAACAGGGUACUCGCACGGUGGUACCGUGGUGUGUGCACACGAGACAGCGUGGUGCAACUACAAAGCGAUUGAAGAUACCUUACUAAUCCGGUUUGUGCUACUUAGUCGCCGCCAGAGGGGGCAGCAAGCAGCUAGAAAGAACAAAAGGCAGUGGCGUGGGUAGGAUUAAAUUUACCUCUAACAGUCGAUCAUGAAACUAGAUUGGCAGCUGGUGCUGUGGAUUAAUUGGUUCCACGGAAUGGACGAGAUCCAGGUUCGAAUCCCGCCGAUGCCGAUUUUUCCUUUCUCUCAAGCUGUUGUUUACUAAACUGCUAACUAGUUGUGCAUAUUGAAAUGGUUUGAACAGAAUUUUAGGAAGGCAGAAAAGAUAAUUUGCUGUUUGUACAGACGUAUAGGUGUAUUGCAUCAAAAGAUGACCUUGAAUGUACCAAAUAUCUGCACAAUUUUUCCUUGCUCGGCAAGACAUAUCCUUGAAUUACCGCAUAAUGCUUGCGGUCUAUACAUGUUUAAAAAUAUGUUUAUUCUAUAGUAGACUUGUUAGAAUUCACAUUUUGCUAGUUUGGAUCAACAUCAUAGCGAUGUUAUAAAUGUAAUUAUUUUUAUCUUGGGAACUAGCAAAUGUCAACUUCUCAACAAAAAAAAAAAGAACAAAAUGUAAUAAUAUAAAAAAAUCGUGUAAGACCUACACUCUAAUGUGCCUUUUUCAUAAAUUGUUAUUAUCACUGUAAAUUACCAAUAUAAAUGUGUAGAAAUACGUUAUUUCUUUGUACAUAAUUUUUAACGACACUUUAGUAAAUAUAGAUUAGUUGAAUAA